AUGUUUGUCAUACUGACGCUUGUUUUUGUCAGUCUACUCGUAUUAUAUGUAAAAUAUAAACAUUUUACUUCUCGUCGUUCAAUUCCAAGUAUACCAGGACAUUUUUUAUUUGGAAAUUUACUUCAAUCGGGACUAUUACGUGGAACUUCUAUUUUACAAGUUUAUACAUCGUUCAAAAAUCAACUUGGUGAUAUUUAUGAGAUUAAUCUCGGAUUUUUACAUGCAAUAGUCGUCGGUGAUAUAGAUGAUGUGCAGCAUAUUUUUUCUCAUCGACAUAUUUAUGAUCAAAGUCUAACACGUCGUGAAAUAUUAGGAGAAAUGCUUAUGUUUCUUAUUGCUGGUUUUGAAACAACAUCCACAGCUUUAGCAUGGUCGAUUCAUCUUCUCAGCAAGCAUUCGGAAGUACAACAUAAGAUUAAGGCAGAACUGCUCAAGGAAAAUGUUCAUCAUGAUUUGAUAUUAGAUCGUCUUGAUUCACUUAUCUAUUUAGAUUGUGUUGUCAAAGAAAUUUUACGUUUUUCUUCACCUGUCGAAACAGUAAGUCGUACAUUAACUAUGGAUGAUCGUUUACCAAAGAGUGGUAUUCAAUUGUACAAAGGCGAUCAAAUAUUUGUUCCAGUAUGCAUUCUUUCAAGAGAUCCACGAUAUUGGUCGAUUGAUCCGGAAUUAUUCUAUCCAGAAAGAUUUUUAGGUGAAGACAAGAAUCAUAAUGCUUAUGCAUUUCUUCUGUUUGGUAGUGGUCGUCGACAAUGUAUUGGACAAGAUUUGGCACGAUUUGAACUCAAAGUUAUUGUAGCUGGACUAAUGCAACAUGUUACAUUCAUUGAUGGUGGUUCCGAAGUGAAUGCUGGUGGACAUUUACCAGGAUUGACUGCUAUGCCCAAAUAUGUUGGCGUUAAAAUUAAGUUUGAUUCAGAAAUUUAA